ACAAUGACAUUGAGUUGAAUUUAUUUGUACCUUCUAAUUCUCAAGAGAGAGACUCUGAAACUCAAGCUGUCUUUGAAAAAGACUGUUUUUAUUCAGUUCGUGAUGCCAAGUCUAAUAAAUGUCCUUUGAAGAUUUCCUUGGUGGGAAUUCCUCAAGAAUUACCACGGAUAGUAGCAAAUGAUGAGAAUGCAAUAUUUAAUGUGAUGGUAAAUGAUUAUGCUGGAGAGGAGUAUAAUUUUACUGUAAAGGUUGUUUUUCCGCAUCUGGUCUCACGAUUUUCGCAUUUGAAAACUAUAAUUCGUCUGCAAGAGUCACUUAUCUUUGUUGUUGGACAAUUAGAAGUCAUUAACAAUGUCUUUUAUAUUUACAUGAAGGAUUUCAAUUUUAUUGAUUAUCAUUUUUUAUCCAAGCAAAAGGUUUUUGAUAGCAGUAGUUCUCGUAAUUCGUCAGAAGUUAGUUAUACUAUUCGGUCAAAACUUCUUUCUAUUUACCGAAAUAUUACUGAAACUUCAAAGGAAGCUUGUGAAUUUAAGGCAUCAAGGGAGGUGACAGGUAAAUUUUCUUCGGACCGUUCAAUAUUCGACUAUUUUAAUAAUUUUGCAACUACUUUAAAUGAUGUUGGUGAUGACGAAUUACAUUCGGAUGAGGUUAUAAAUGCAAAUAAAUCUGUUCAGAGUGAUGAUAUUAAAGACUCACAAAUUAAGAGAAAGCGUCAAAGAAGUACUGUUAAUAACAAUAAGAAAAGAAGGCGAUUUAAUAAUCGGUCUUUACGUGGUACUUUAAGAUCAAGUAAACCUGAUCGUGACGUAGAAAUUGAAAAGGAAUAA